UUAUGCGCUUCGCUUUCCUCACUACAUUCAUAGAAACAAGAGAAAAACGAAAUAUCACUGGCAGAAUGUUAGAAUGAUUGUGAUAUGGAAUUAACGCUGAGCGAGUAUAAAUUCGUACUUUUGGAAUAAUUCUCAUCGUGGUAGGCUAUUUUUCUGUCUUCAACGCAAAACAGCGCUGCUUACCACAGCUGAUAGAUGAAGUGAUACAGGUAUGUGAAUCUGUAUGAAUACCCAUCAUGCAACUGAAGAACCUUCCUCUGUUGGAAGUCAUUGUUGCAGUGCUGUCACUAUUCACUCACACAAGUGCAGCUGAAGUCCACGUCCGUGCCAAAAAAGGGGAUACUGCAGUGUUGACAUGCAGUCUUCCAGCCCUGGAUGAGGGCAGCUCUGCUCCUCAGCACGUCAUAGAGUGGGUGCGUCAGGGCUAUGAUAUCCCCAUCCUCAUCCAGUUUGGAGUGCACGAUCCCAGAGUGCAUCCCAACUAUGAUGGUCGAGUGUCACUCAUCAGGGGAACAUCCCUGCAGAUGAGGGGGCUUCUCCUGGAGGACGAAAGCUGGUAUGAGUGCCGAAUCCUCCCGCUAGACAAAACCACAGAUGAGACUAGCAGCAACGGGAGCUGGACUCUACUCUCCGUUACAGCGCCUCCUGUGUUUACGGAGACCUCCCCUCCUGGAGUUGAAGUGUUUGUAGGGAGAUCGGUAACUCUGAAGUGUGCAGCUCAGGGAAAUCCACGGCCUACAAUAACCUGGUCUAAAGAUGGACGACCUAUAAAUCCUCAAAGCAAAGUAAAGAUCAUGAAUGGAAGUGUAUCUUUCCAUGCUGUAAGCAGAGAAACAUCAGGCCAGUAUCAGUGUCACGCCUCCAACACUGAAGGAAAUGUGACUCACCUCACAAAGCUCAAAGUCAUUGGCCCUCCAGUGAUCGUAAUUCCUCCAACGGACACUGUUCUCAACAUGUCCCAGGAUGCCAAGUUGAAGUGCCAGGCUGAAGCUGAUCCACCCAACAUGACAUAUGUGUGGCAAAGACAAGGAGAAGAUAUUUAUCACAUUGAGUCUCUGAAGUCUCGUGUUAAGGUCAUAGUGGACGGUACACUUCUCAUAUCGCGUUUGACUCCAGAGGAUUCUGGGAACUACACCUGCAUGCCCUCUAAUGGACUUCAUGUCUCCCCCUCUGCCUCAGCCACCCUCACUGUGCAGCACCCAGCACAGGUGAUGAAGAUGCCCUCGUUGGCCUUCCUCCCCACUGGCAUGAGGGGCGUCAUUGCGUGCCCCAUCAGAGCUGAACCACCAUUAUCACAUGUCGACUGGAUCAAAGACGACAAACCACUCGAUUUAGGCAUGUAUCCUGGAUGGACACUGACUUCAGAAGGCUCUAUAAUCAUAGUGACAGCUAAUGACGAUGCCGGAGGUGUAUACACGUGUACUCCCUACAAUAGCUUUGGGACAAUGGGCCAGUCUGAGCCUACCACCAUUAUACUACAGGAUCCUCCAUCAUUUAAAGUGUCACCUCGUAAGGAGUACAGACAGGAUGCUGGGGGCCUGCUUGUUAUUCCAUGUCAGAUGGACGGUAAUCCGGCUCCAAAAGUCAGCUGGAAAAAGGUUGGCACAGCCUCUCGCUCACUGUUCACUGUAGCAGCGAAUGGCUCCCUCAUUCUGCGUCCUCUCAGUAAAGACCACCAGGGGGAAUGGGAGUGCAGCUCCACCGACAGAGUAGCCACUGUAUCUGUCAGAACAACAGUCCUUGUGCUGGGUACAAGUCCACAUGCAGUGUCAUCAGUAUCUGUGAUCCCAGGAAUUAACCAGGCCAAUGUCUCUUGGGUAGCUGGCUUUGAUGGAGGAUAUGCCCAGAAAUUCACUGUCUGGUAUAAGCAGGUGUCAGCAGAAAGGAAAGAGGAAAAGCAAGAGUGGUUAUCUUUCUCAGACCUCUCCACUGAGAACAGUCUGUUGGUCACCAAUCUUCUUCCUGCUACUGAGUACCAGUUCAGUGUUAUGGCCCAAAAUAAAAUUGGCACUGGGCCCUUCAGUGAGAUCACCACUAUCACAACUCUGGAUUCACUUCCUGUUGUGGUCAAGCUGGUACCACCUAUAAAUCUCUCAAUCAAUAAGAGUUCAGAGGGAAUUCUUCUGUGGUGGUCAGUGCCUCAGUCCCAUUCUCCACACAUUGACAGUUUUGUCGUACAGUCACGCCUUGAAGGAGGGGAAUGGAUUAAUCUGAAAGAGAACAUUAGCCCAGUUGAGAGUCAAAUCUUUCUUCCAGGGUUAUGUAAGGACUGCAAAUAUGAACUGAGGCUUCUCUCUCAACGUGGAGAUCAGCUGAGCAUGCCCAGUCCAUCAAUCAGUGUCUCCACCAUCGGAAUGAAUAUGUACCCAGCCAGUUCCCGCCUCCUAGACUUUCCUGACCAGCUAAUGGCUGGUGUUAUGGGUGGAGUAGGACUCCUUUGUCUUGCUCUUAUCCUGACCCUGGCAAUAGUCUGUUUCAUUUUUCACAAAAGGAACCGAAGGCGUAGGCAGAAUGUCAAGGGUAAAGAAACAACACUUUGAACUGCUUAGAACUGUUUUAACAGUCUGCCUCAAUGUAUCCAUCUUAGAAGAUGCUCUCACUCCUUUACCUCAUAUUGUUAUUCCUCAUGCAUGAUCAUUUAUCCUGUCACUCAUUCCAUUGUAAAAUUGGUUCCCUCCUUUCAGAUCUCCCUACUG